AUAAAGUCGAAUUUGGCGACGACAACAACGCUUAGACCGAAGCGAACGUUGUAACAAAAUUACGGAGUUUGAAAAAGUUUUUUUUUGUUUUUUCGGCGAUUCGUUGUCGUUCAGUUUUUUUUUUAUAUUGAAUAUGACGUCGCGCGUUGGACUUUCGCGUACGGAGUGUCGCGAAAAUAAAUAAUAAUGGGCUAAAGAGACAUGUCGACAGUUUUUUUUUUUUUUAAUUUAUUUAUUUUGUAAUUUACCGAGUGCUAUGCUAAUUUCAAACGAAAGCGGUUUGUACUAUUACAUUUUGAACGUUAUGCCACCCGGACCGAACGAAAAUUGAAAUGUUAUGAUAUUUAAAAAGUGACUAUCGUAUUUUUUGUUUUUAAAAAACUUUUUAUUUUGUGUUUCGAAUCGAUAUAAAAACUGUUUUUCAAUCGUGCCAUGGCAAAUAGCAGCAGCGGUGUCACACCACAACAAUAUCUACAACAGAUGAAUAGUCCUUUCCAUUGUAAGGAAUGUGGAAUUUCCCUCAAUUCGGCCGAAUCCUUGGAAGUGCAUCUGCAGUACCACAAAGAGAAUUUGCUAAAAAAUUGGGCGGUACAAGCUCAAUCGUCCACAUCGACGAAUCCCGAAGAAACCAACAACAACAACAACUCCAAAAACAACAUAUCUAAACGUGAGUUAAAUCCAAAUAAUACCAUAGCCGCCGCCGCCGAUAGUUCAGAUUCAAUGCAAAAAAAGAGUCCGGAUUAUAGUAGGGCCACCCCCGAAACGGUUUUCGGCCAUCCCCCAACUCCUCAAAGUUACCAAAGCGCUUCGUCACCUUAUCAAGAAAAUUCCAGUUUCCCGACGAAUUUCCAAAAUUAUCCGAUAAAAAUCGAAAGACAUUCGCCGACCAAUCAAUUUUAUUCCAAUUACCCCGAACAAUAUUUCUCAUUAGAUCAUCCAAACCAACAAUUCAAUCAAGAAUCUUUCGUCCAUAAAACCCCUUACAGAUACCACCCUUACAACCAAACUCAAAACAGUCCUUACGACAGGCAGGCACAGGUACCGUCUUCGAGUCCCGCCUAUCCGCCGCAACCGACCCCGUCCCCCAGCCCCAAACAAUGCGAUAAGUGCGGAUACGUGUGCGACUCCGCUACCCAACUAAUAGAACAUUUGAAUAUCGCGCACCCCGCGACGCCCGCGGUCGCACCGCACCUCGCACCUUAUCACCAAACCAACCAACAACAUUUCAUGUUCGAGCACGUCGUUAUCAAACAAGAGGAUCCGACUCAGAGCGAAAUUUUGGAUUUGGAUUCGCACAAAGUCGUCCACAACGUUUAUAACGAAGACGAAAAACGUCAAAACGGCGAUCCGAAUCCGCAUUCGGUAUCGGCGAUGUUGAAUUCGUGGCCUUCGCCGCAACAAAGGUUAUUUACACAAAAUAUUCCAGAACAACAACAACAACAACAAAAAUUAUUUCCGCCACAUCAAGAAUUUAUCGGUAAUAACGUAACGACGACGACGACGACGACGAAUCAAGAAGGUUUAAAUCAAAAUUACCGACCGUUCGAACAAAUGACGUCUCCGACGAAUAAUUCGGUUAUUUCUAGUACUCAAUUACCGACGAAUGCGAUACCACAACCGACUCCGGUAGGUAAAGGAGCCAAUUGGAAAUCGAACGAAGCCAGAAGACCCAAAACAUACAAUUGUACGGCUUGUAAUAAAUGGUUCACGAGUUCGGGACAUUUGAAAAGACAUUACAAUACAACUUUACAUAAAAACGCGGUUAAAUCGAGCGGACAACCGGAUCCGGCCGGUUUACCCAUCAGCGCCCAUCAUCAUCCGACCAGAGAAACGUCUUCCAAACAAGAAGAACGUCCGCAAUCGAGUAAUUCGGGAGACGAAGUACGCAACGAAGACGCCACCCAAUACGAUAGAUUAGGUACGAUAAGCGGUUUGAACGUUCCUUACGAUAGACAACCGUCGGCGGCGCCCAAUAUACAUUCCCCGAUGGGAUCUCCGAUGCAGCAGCAACAUCCCAGUCCGCAUAUAUCGAACGGUAGUCCCCCAAACGGGGAUGCAGGUCCCUCAACCAACAACCUGGGGGGCCUGCUAACGCUGACCACUCCUUCAAUCAGUACGCCUCAUGGGGGGUUCAAUAUACCGGCCCAACAUAUGAUGUCGAUGGACAACAACAACCAAUACCAGAUGUACCCAAACGAGCUUGCCCCCCACGUUAUGCCGGCUAUGGUUAUCACCACCAACAACCACAAUAUUACUGGUGAAUACCAGUUUAGUUUUCAACAACGCAUAGUCGAAAAUAAUCAACCGUUGCCGAGUUUCGCGCAAAUCCAAGCGCACAGAUUCAACAACGGUUACGAAUCAGCUAACGUGGGGGGCAGGGAGUCGGCGACGGCUCCUCUAACCAAUUACUACGAAACGAAUUUACCCGAUGAAACGAUUUUAUAUAAAAACGACGAACUCACCGUCAUAACGCAAAACGAUUCGUCCCCCAAGACGCAAGAAUACAUUUUGGGUUAUUCCCCGAACGAGCGAAUCCAAGAAGAAGAUUUGAGCAUGAUAUCCAUGACGUCGGAAAACGAAUCGAAGAUAAUGGAAGAAAAUAAGAUGCAGAUAAUGGACGAUAUCAAAUUGAGAUUGGAGGCCCAGCCGAAAUCGCCGGAGAAGGCCCACACCAAAAGGGAUUACGAAGAAAACACCACCGGCAUCCAUUUGAUAACGUCUACCACAAGUAAACCGGGUUUGCACAAAUGUUACGAUUGCGACAAGAUUUUUAAUAAGGCCUGUUAUCUGACGCAACACAACAAGACGUUCCACAGCGGCGAUAAACCUUUUAAAUGUACGAGGUGCGGUAAAAGAUUUUCGUGCGAAAUUACUUACCAGGAACAUCUGACCAAACACGCCGGCGACAAACCCCACAAGUGCGAGUUGUGUCCGAAGCAAUUUAAUCACAAAACCGAUCUCAGGAGGCAUAUGUGUUUGCAUACGGGGCAAAAACCGUACGCUUGCGAAACUUGCGGUAAGGGUUUCAUCAGGAAGGACCACAUGAUGAAGCACUGCGAGACGCACGUCAGGAAAACGCAGUCCAAAUUAAUGGCGAUACGUUGACGCACUUUGCGUACUUUCAAAAUGAUUUUUUUUUUAACUAAAUGUGAAAUGAAUUGGAAGGAAAAAAGAUUUUGUAAAUAUUUUAUUCGGGAAACGAAAAUAUUGCUUAUUUUCGAACGAAUUUUUUUCGAAAAUACGCAUUGGUGAAUUCGCUCGCGUAUUUUUAAAAAAAAAAAUGUAUUCGCCGGGGUUGUUGCGUGUGGAUAUUUUUUGAAAAUUCGCGAGCUCCGCUACCCCUAAAUGUUAACAAAUAAAAAUUGCUCAAACUUUAUUUUAUAGUGUCCGAUGAGAAAUCAAUAUUCAAAACAGCAAUACCUCAGAUUCUCAGUUAUUCGAAUAUAUAUAGAGAUAAAAAAUGUAUUUAUAUCAGAUUUUAUUGAAAAUUGGAUGUACAAACUUUACCGUCGUGUAUAAAGUUUAAUAAUUUUCAUUUUAAUUUAAUCAAAUUUAAAUCUCGUUAUUUCCGAUACUUCCGAAACACCCCCCGUAUAUAUCUAACCGAUUUCGAAAUUUUUUUUUAUAAAAAUAAGAGAUAACGAGAUGGUAAUGAAGUGACUAGUGAUUAUACAGGGUGAAAUUUAAAAAUAAAGCUACUUUUUCGAAAUUUUCUUUUGUACUAAAAUAAUUUUUUUUAUUUGUGGAAAAUCUAGUAGGAAUUUUGAAAAAUUGGCUGUACCAGCUCGGAUAGAAUAUUAGUAGCAUACAGGUUUUCCAAGGAUAAAAUCGUAAAAAUUACAAACAAUAUUUCAAAACUUUUUUUUGGUUUUUUCCGAUAUUUUUUUAAUUACGAUUUUUUUUAAACAACCCCCGUAUAUAUCUAACCGAUUUCGAAAUUUUUUUUUUUAUAAAAAUAAGAGAUAACGAGAUGGUAAUGAAUUAAUGAAAUAAUUGGUGAUUAUACAGGGUGGAAUAUAAAAAUAUAGCUACUUUUUCGAAAUUUUCUUUUGUACUAAAAUAAUUUUUUUAUUUAAAGAAAAUCUAGUAGGAAUUUUGAAAAAUUGGCUGAACCAGCUCGGAUAGAAUAUUAGUUGUAUACAGGUUUUCCAAGGAUAAAAUCGUAAAAAGUACAAGCAACAUUUCAAAAUUUUAUUUUGUUAUUUCCGAUAUUUUUUUAUUUACGAUUUUUUUAAACACCCCCCGUAUAUAUCUAACCGAUUUCGAAAUUUUUUUUUAUAAAAAUGAGAGAUAACGAGAUGGUAAUGAAUUGAUGAAAUAACUAGUGAUUAUACAGGGUGAAAUUUAAAAAUAAAGUUACUUUUUCGAAAUUUUCUUUUUUACUAAAAUAAUUUUUUUAUUUGUGGAAAAUCUUGUAGGAAUUUUGAAAAAUUGGCUGAACCAGCUCGGAUAGAAUAUUAGUUGUAUACAGGUUUUCCAAGGAUAAAAUCGUAAAAAGUACAAGCAACAUUUCAAAAUUUUAUUUUGUUAUUUCCGAUAUUUUUUUAUUUACGAUUUUUUUAAACACCCCCCGUAUAUAUCUAACCGAUUUCGAAAUUUUUUUUUAUAAAAAUGAGAGAUAACGAGAUGGUAAUGAAUUGAUGAAAUAACUAGUGAUUAUACAGGGUGAAAUUUAAAAAUAAAGUUACUUUUUCGAAAUUUUCUUUUUUACUAAAAUAAUUUUUUUAUUUGUGGAAAAUCUUGUAGGAAUUUUGAAAAAUUGGCUGAACCAGCUCGGAUAGAAUAUUAGUUGUAUACAGGUUUUCCAAGGAUAAAAUCGUAAAAAGUACAAGCAACAUUUCAAAAUUUUAUUUUGUUAUUUCCGAUAUUUUUUUAUUUACGAUUUUUUUAAACACCCCCCGUAUAUAUCUAACCGAUUUCGAAAUUUUUUUUUAUAAAAAUGAGAGAUAACGAGAUGGUAAUGAAUUGAUGAAAUAACUAGUGAUUAUACAGGGUGAAAUUUAAAAAUAAAGUUACUUUUUCGAAAUUUUCUUUUUUACUAAAAUAAUUUUUUUAUUUGUGGAAAAUCUUGUAGGAAUUUUGAAAAAUUGGCUGAACCAGCUCGGAUAGAAUAUUAGUUGUAUACAGGUUUUCCAAGGAUAAAAUCGUAAAAAGUACAAGCAACAUUUCAAAAUUUUAUUUUGUUAUUUCCGAUAUUUUUUUAUUUACGAUUUUUUUAAACACCCCCCGUAUAUAUCUAACCGAUUUCGAAAUUUUUUUUUAUAAAAAUGAGAGAUAACGAGAUGGUAAUGAAUUGAUGAAAUAACUAGUGAUUAUACAGGGUGAAAUUUAAAAAUAAAGUUACUUUUUCGAAAUUUUCUUUUUUACUAAAAUAAUUUUUUUAUUUGUGGAAAAUCUUGUAGGAAUUUUGAAAAAUUGGCUGAACCAGCUCGGAUAGAAUAUUAGUUGUAUACAGGUUUUCCAAGGAUAAAAUCGUAAAAAGUACAAGCAACAUUUCAAAAUUUUAUUUUGUUAUUUCCGAUAUUUUUUUAUUUACGAUUUUUUUAAACACCCCCCGUAUAUAUCUAACCGAUUUCGAAAUUUUUUUUUAUAAAAAUGAGAGAUAACGAGAUGGUAAUGAAUUGAUGAAAUAACUAGUGAUUAUACAGGGUGAAAUUUAAAAAUAAAGUUACUUUUUCGAAAUUUUCUUUUUUACUAAAAUAAUUUUUUUAUUUGUGGAAAAUCUUGUAGGAAUUUUGAAAAAUUGGCUGAACCAGCUCGGAUAGAAUAUUAGUUGUAUACAGGUUUUCCAAGGAUAAAAUCGUAAAAAGUACAAGCAACAUUUCAAAAUUUUAUUUUGUUAUUUCCGAUAUUUUUUUAUUUACGAUUUUUUUAAACACCCCCCGUAUAUAUCUAACCGAUUUCGAAAUUUUUUUUUAUAAAAAUGAGAGAUAACGAGAUGGUAAUGAAUUGAUGAAAUAACUAGUGAUUAUACAGGGUGAAAUUUAAAAAUAAAGUUACUUUUUCGAAAUUUUCUUUUUUACUAAAAUAAUUUUUUUAUUUGUGGAAAAUCUUGUAGGAAUUUUGAAAAAUUGGCUGAACCAGCUCGGAUAGAAUAUUAGUUGUAUACAGGUUUUCCAAGGAUAAAAUCGUAAAAAGUACAAGCAACAUUUCAAAAUUUUAUUUUGUUAUUUCCGAUAUUUUUUUAUUUACGAUUUUUUUAAACACCCCCCGUAUAUAUCUAACCGAUUUCGAAAUUUUUUUUUAUAAAAAUGAGAGAUAACGAGAUGGUAAUGAAUUGAUGAAAUAACUAGUGAUUAUACAGGGUGAAAUUUAAAAAUAAAGUUACUUUUUCGAAAUUUUCUUUUUUACUAAAAUAAUUUUUUUAUUUGUGGAAAAUCUUGUAGGAAUUUUGAAAAAUUGGCUGAACCAGCUCGGAUAGAAUAUUAGUUGUAUACAGGUUUUCCAAGGAUAAAAUCGUAAAAAGUACAAGCAACAUUUCAAAAUUUUAUUUUGUUAUUUCCGAUAUUUUUUUAUUUACGAUUUUUUUAAACACCCCCCGUAUAUAUCUAACCGAUUUCGAAAUUUUUUUUUAUAAAAAUGAGAGAUAACGAGAUGGUAAUGAAUUGAUGAAAUAACUAGUGAUUAUACAGGGUGAAAUUUAAAAAUAAAGUUACUUUUUCGAAAUUUUCUUUUGUACUAAAAUAAUAUUUUUAUUUAAAGAAAAUCUAGUAGGAAUUUUGAAAAAUUGGCUGAACCAGUUCGGAUAGAAUAUUAGUUGUAUACAGGUUUUCCAAGGAUAAAAUCGUAAAAAGUACAAGCAACAUUUCAAAAUUUUAUUUCGUUAUUUCCGAUAUUUUUUUAUUUACGAUUUUUUUAAACACCCCCCGUAUAUAUCUAACCGAUUUCGAAAUUUUUUUUUAUAAAAAUAAGAGAUAACGAGAUGUUAAUGAAUUGAUGAAAUAACUAGUGAUUAUACAGGGUGAAAUUUAAAAAUAAAGUUACUUUUUCGAAAUUUUCUUUUGUACUAAAAUAAUUUUUUUAUUUAAAGAAAAUCUAGUAGGAAUUUUGAAAAAUUGGCUGUACCAGCUCGGAUAGAAUAUUAGUAGCAUACAGGUUUUCCAAGGAUAAAAUCGUAAAAAGUACAAGCAACAUUUCAAAAUUUUUUUUCGUUAUUUCCGAUAUUUUUUUAUUUACGAUUUUUUUAAACACCCCCCGUAUAUAUCUAACCGAUUUCGAAAUUUUUUUUUAUAAAAAUAAGAGAUAACGAGAUGUUAAUGAAUUGAUGAAAUAACUAGUGAUUAUACAGGGUGAAAUUUAAAAAUAAAGCUACUUUUUCGAAAUUUUCUUUUGUACUAAAAUAAUUUUUUUAUUUGUGGAAAAUCUAGUAGGAAUUUUGAAAAAUUGGCUGUACCAGCUCGGAUAGAAUAUUAGUUGUAUACAAGUUUUCCAAGGAUAAAAUCGUAAAAAGUACAAACAAUAUUUCAAAACUUUUUUUUGGUUUUUUCCGAUAUUUUUUUAAUUACGAUUUUUUUUAAACACCCCCCGUAUAUAUCUAACCGAUUUCGAAAUUUUUUUUUAUAAAAAUAAGAGAUAACGAGAUGUUAAUGAAUUGAUGAAAUAACUAGUGAUUAUACAGGGUGAAAUUUAAAAAUAAAGCUACUUUUUCGAAAUUUUCUUUUGUACUAAAAUAAUUUUUUUAUUUGUGGAAAAUCUAGUAGGAAUUUUGAAAAAUUGGCUGUACCAGCUCGGAUAGAAUAUUAGUAGCAUACAGGUUUUCCAAGGAUAAAAUCGUAAAAAGUACAAGCAACAUUUCAAAAUUUUUUUUCGUUAUUUCCGAUAUUUUUUUAUUUACGAUUUUUUUAAACACCCCCCGUAUAUAUCUAACCGAUUUCGAAAUUUUUUUUUAUAAAAAUAAGAGAUAACGAGAUGUUAAUGAAUUGAUGAAAUAACUAGUGAUUAUACAGGGUGAAAUUUAAAAAUAAAGCUACUUUUUCGAAAUUUUCUUUUGUACUAAAAUAAUUUUUUUAUUUGUGGAAAAUCUAGUAGGAAUUUUGAAAAAUUGGCUGUACCAGCUCGGAUAGAAUAUUAGUUGUAUACAAGUUUUCCAAGGAUAAAAUCGUAAAAAGUACAAACAAUAUUUCAAAACUUUUUUUUGGUUUUUUCCGAUAUUUUUUUAAUUACGAUUUUUUUUAAACACCCCCCGUAUAUAUCUAACCGAUUUCGAAAUUUUUUUUUAUAAAAAUAAGAGAUAACGAGAUGUUAAUGAAUUGAUGAAAUAACUAGUGAUUAUACAGGGUGAAAUUUAAAAAUAAAGCUACUUUUUCGAAAUUUUCUUUUGUACUAAAAUAAUUUUUUUAUUUGUGGAAAAUCUAGUAGGAAUUUUGAAAAAUUGGCUGUACCAGCUCGGAUAGAAUAUUAGUUGUAUACAAGUUUUCCAAGGAUAAAAUCGUAAAAAGUACAAACAAUAUUUCAAAACUUUUUUUUGGUUUUUUCCGAUAUUUUUUUAAUUACGAUUUUUUUUAAACACCCCCCGUAUAUAUCUAACCGAUUUCGAAAUUUUUUUUAUAAAAAUAAGAGAUAACGAGAUGGUAAUGAAUUGAUGAAAUAACUAGUGAUUAUACAGGGUGAAAUUUAAAAAUAAAGCUACUUUUUCGAAAUUUUCUUUUGUACUAAAAUAAUUUUUUUAUUUGUGGAAAAUCUAGUAGGAAUUUUGAAAAAUUGGCUGUACCAGCUCGGAUAGAAUAUUAGUAGCAUACAAGUUUUCCAAGGAUAAAAUCGUAAAAAGUACAAGCAACAUUUCAAAAUUUUUUUUCGUUAUUUCCGAUAUUUUUUUAUUUACGAUUUUUUUAAACACCCCCCGUAUAUAUCUAACCGAUUUCGAAUUUUUUUUUAUAAAAAUGAGAGAUAACGAGAUGUUAAUGAAUUGAUGAAAUAACUAGUGAUUAUACAGGGUGAAAUUUAAAAAUAAAGUUACUUUUUCGAAAUUUUCUUUUGUACUAAAAUAAUUUUUUUAUUUAAAGAAAAUCUAGUAGGAAUUUUGAAAAAUUGGCUGUGCCAGCUCGGAUAGAAUAUUAGUUGUAUACAAGUUUUCCAAGGAUAAAAUCGUAAAAAGUACAAGCAACAUUUCAAAAUUUUUUUUUGGUUUUUUCCGAUAUUUUUUUAAUUACGAUUUUUUUUAAACACCCUCCGUAUAUAUCUAACCGAUUUCGAAAUUUUUUUUAUAAAAAUAAGAGAUAACGAGAUGGUAAUGAAUUGAUGAAAUAACUAGUGAUUAUACAGGGUGGAAUAUAAAAAUAAAGCUACUUUUUCGAAAUUUUGUAUACAGGUUUUCCAAGGAUAAAAUCGUAAAAAGUACAAGCAACAUUUCAAAAUUUUAUUUUCGAAAUUAUUUAAUAUUCGGUUCGAACUAUUAAAUUUUACCUUGUACCAACAAAAAGUAAUAAUAAUUGCAAUAAUAACGACGCAAAUAUUUUGAUAUUUCUUUCUUUUUUUCUACAAAAUGUAAUAAAUACAAAUUUUGAGUGAUUCUGUAUAUAUAUAUAUCUUGAUCGUUAACGUUUAGAUAAAUGAUUUUUCCAUAUGACAAAGCUACCUCAUUUUUUCAAAUGUCUAUGUGCCAAUCUCAAACUUACGUUCCGUACCCUCAAAAGGGGGUAUAAAUAUUUAGACAAUUUCAAUACGUGCCAAAACCUUGCUGUGUUUUUAUUUUGUAAUAAAACGACUUUUUGCCCCACCGGGUAUAUCUAUGUAUACAUAAAGGAUGUCUUCGGAACGAUAUCAGAAUUAAAUAUAUAUAUAAAUGUAUCUGUAUUUAUUUUUUUUUAAUUUUCUUCGUGUUUUUAAAUUAAAUUGACGCAAUCAAUUCAGGAUUUUUCGUAUCAAAAGUUUUCAUUGGAAAUGUGCGUAAAUUAUUUCGAAAAUUAGUUUUGAAAUUCAUAGGGAAAGUUUUAAAAAACUAAACGCCAAAUUGGCAGGCAAUUUCGACAAUUCGGAAAUAUAUUUUAGGUUAGUACGAUAAAUACGAGGUUUGACUUGAAAGUUUCCGAGCUAAAAAUACAAAAAGACAUUUUUUUCUCGUAAUUCUCGAUAAAUUCAACUUUUAGGCGUAAAUACUUGUUCCAGCAUGCUUUAACCUUUUCGCAAGUGGAUCUUUGAGGUUAAGAAACAUGAAAUAGACGUAAAUCUGGUAAAUACAGUGGAUCACCAACGAAUUAAAUCUUUGUUUUCAAAUUCGAUCGAUUUUUUUGCAUUUUCUGGCUUUUUCUUAUCCAUUAAUGAUGUCUUUGAUGAUUUUUUUAUCAUUUCUGUCAACCAAAUCGUCUAUUUCACCAUUUGUAAUCCUCUUAAUUGACUUUUUUCCCUUUCUAGAUCCCGAUUGCAUUCAUAACCUAUAAAUUGACGCAAAAAUCCGCCUCCUAGGACUUAAACUGCGUUAAAAUCAAAAAAAAUGUUAAUUCCAAUACGAUUUAAGUUCAAAAUCGAUGUUUUUUGCAGUUUUUUGUUGUCCAAAAAGCUCGUCGUAAUUAAAACUAAUUUAGUACGACACAUACCGGGUUUGACUUGAAAGUUUGUGGAACUUUUUGAGGUUAAGAAACAUGAAAUAGACAUAAAUCUGGUAAAUACUGUGGAUCGUCAACCAAUUCUUACUUUGUUUUCAAAUUCGAUCGAUUUUUUUGCAUUUUCUGGCUUUCUCUUAUCCAUUAAUGAUGUCUUUGAUGAUUUUUUUAUCAUUUCUGUCAACUAAAUCGUCUAUUUCACCAUUUGUAAUCCUCUGGAUUGACUUUUUUACCUUUCUAGAUUCUGGUUGCAUUCAUAACCUAUAAAUUGACACAAAAAACGCCUCCUAUGACGUAAACGGCGUUAAAAUCAAAAAAAUGUUAAUUCCAAUACGAUUUAAGUUCAAAAUCGAUGUUUUUUGCAGUUUUUUGUUGUCCAAAAAGCUCGUCGUAAUAAAAAAUAAUUUAGUACGACACAUACCGGGUUUGACUUGCAAGUUUGUGGAACUUUUUGAGGUUAAGAAACAUGAAAUAGACGUAAAUCUGGUCAAUACUGUGGAUCUUCAACCAAUUCUUACUUUCUUUUCAAAUUCGAUCGAUUUUUUUGCAUUUUCUGGCUUUCUCUUACCCAUUAAUGAUGUCUUUGAUGAUUUUUUUAUCAUUUCUGUCAACCAAAUCGUCUAUUUCACCAUUUGUAAUCCUCUUAAUUGACUUUUUUCCCUUUCUAGAUCCCGAUUGCAUUCAUAACCUAUAAAUUGACGCAAACAUCCACCUCCUAUGACUUAAACGGCGUUAAAAUCAAAAAAAUCUUCAUUCCAAUGCGAUUUAUGUUCAAAAUCGAUGGUUUUUACAGUUAUUUGUUGUCCAAAAAGCUCGUCGUAAGUCCAGUUUCCCAAAUUUUUCGUAACGAUGCUAUACACAUAAAAAAACAAAAUUUAUUGACAUUUUCAGAAAAAUAUCGACAACGAUUCCCAUCAUAAUAUUUUUAAACAAAAAAUUUGAAUCUAAAAUAGGUGAAAUUUGUUGAAAAAACUUGGAAACUUCAAGUACAAUCCUGGUAUAUUUUAAAUUUAUGUAAAUUUUGUAAAAUGAUUAUUUUAUUAAUAUUGUACAUUAUAUAAUUAUAAUUUAUUUUUUUUUAAAUAUAAAGUUUCUGAUGAAUCGAUUUUCAAGACGUCCUUUAUAUUUAGUGCAAUUUAUCUAUUUUUGGCAUCAAUCUAAAAAGAUAUUUUUAAAUUAGACAAGUUACCAAUGUUUGGUUUACAAAUUGAAGCAAUUCUCAAAAAAUAUAAAAUUAAAAAAGGGGACACGUAAAAACUCCCAUCCAUCCAUCCAAUUUUAAUUAUUUAAAAAUACGUAAAAACGUUUAAAUUUUGUAACAAAUAUUUUAUUUUAAAUUGAUGUUGUUUCUCACUAUUUUUUAUAUUAAAAAAUGUUUAUUGUUAAUUGUUUCAAUUUGUAGCAAUUGUUUCGUUAUGUGAAUGUGAAUUUAAUGUUAUGUUCAAAAUAUUGGACAACUUUUUGCUGUGGUUUUUUGGACAUUUUAUACCAUUUUGUUAAUAAUGCAUAUAGUCAACAAAAAAAAGUGUCUGGCAUACCAAAGGACCGAUUAUGACGCGUGAACAUACGAUUUUUCCGUAAUUACCGAAAUUGAAAAAUAAAUUUUGAAAAAUGAAUAAUUGGUUCUUUGUUUUACCUCACAUAUUUGUAUUAUUUGUUUAAGACUGAUUAUAUGUAGUAAUUUGAUUUUUGAUAAUUGUGUAAAUUUAAUUUCCAAAAUAUAUGGUUCUUUUUUAAGUUUUUGAAUGUUUUGUUAACUUCGAUUCCCAAAUUCAAAAAUAAAU